GCACAGCGCCCCGAGCCCAGGCGCCUCCCCGCCCCCCUCCCCGCGCUCCGCGGCGGCGGCGGCGGCGGCAGCAGUAGCAGCAAUAUGGCUGUUGAUGGGUGUUCGGGGUGGCGCUGGCGGCGGGAGGAGCUCCCCCGAGCCCCUGCGCCGGCCGCCCGUUGCUAGCUAUGGCAAAUGGUGGCGGCGGCGGCGGCGGCAGCAGCGGCGGCGGCGGCGGCGGCGGAGGCAGCAGUCUUAGAAUGAGUAGCAAUAUCCACGCGAACCAUCUCAGCCUAGACGCGUCCUCCUCCUCCUCCUCUUCCUCUUCUUCUUCUUCCUCCUCCUCCUCUUCCUCCUCGUCCUCGGUCCACGAGCCCAAGAUGGAUGCGCUCAUCAUCCCGGUGACCAUGGAGGUGCCGUGCGACAGCCGGGGCCAACGCAUGUGGUGGGCUUUCCUGGCCUCCUCCAUGGUGACUUUCUUUGGGGGCCUCUUCAUCAUCUUGCUGUGGCGGACGCUCAAGUACCUGUGGACCGUUUGCUGCCACUGCGGGGGCAAGACGAAGGAGGCCCAGAAGAUAAACAAUGGCGCAAGCCAGGCUGACGGCACUCUCAAACCAGUGGAUGAAAAAGAGGAGGCAGUGGCCGCGGAGGUCGGCUGGAUGACCUCCGUGAAGGACUGGGCCGGGGUGAUGAUAUCGGCCCAGACACUGACUGGCAGAGUCCUGGUUGUCUUGGUCUUUGCUCUCAGCAUCGGUGCACUUGUAAUAUACUUCAUAGAUUCGUCAAACCCAAUAGAAUCCUGCCAGAAUUUCUACAAAGAUUUCACAUUACAGAUCGACAUGGCUUUCAACGUGUUCUUCCUCCUCUACUUUGGCUUGCGGUUUAUUGCAGCCAACGACAAGCUGUGGUUCUGGCUGGAAGUGAACUCUGUGGUGGAUUUCUUCACGGUGCCCCCCGUGUUUGUGUCUGUGUACUUAAACAGAAGCUGGCUCGGUUUGAGAUUUUUAAGAGCUCUCAGACUGAUACAGUUCUCAGAAAUUUUGCAGUUUCUGAAUAUUCUUAAAACAAGUAAUUCCAUCAAGCUGGUGAAUCUGCUCUCCAUAUUUAUCAGCACGUGGCUAACUGCAGCUGGGUUCAUCCAUUUGGUGGAGAAUUCAGGGGACCCAUGGGAAAACUUCCAAAACAACCAGGCUCUCACAUACUGGGAAUGUGUCUAUUUACUCAUGGUCACCAUGUCCACUGUUGGUUAUGGGGACGUUUAUGCAAAAACCACGCUUGGGCGUCUCUUCAUGGUCUUCUUCAUCCUCGGGGGACUGGCCAUGUUUGCCAGCUACGUCCCUGAAAUCAUAGAGUUAAUAGGAAACCGCAAGAAAUACGGGGGCUCCUAUAGUGCGGUUAGUGGAAGAAAGCACAUUGUGGUCUGUGGACACAUCACUCUGGAGAGUGUUUCCAACUUCCUGAAGGACUUUCUGCACAAAGACCGGGAUGAUGUCAACGUGGAGAUCGUUUUUCUUCACAACAUUUCCCCUAACCUGGAGCUCGAAGCUCUGUUCAAAAGGCAUUUUACUCAGGUGGAGUUUUAUCAGGGUUCAGUUCUCAAUCCGCAUGAUCUUGCGAGAGUCAAGAUAGAGUCAGCAGAUGCGUGCCUAAUCCUUGCCAACAAGUACUGCGCUGACCCAGACGCUGAAGAUGCCUCCAACAUUAUGAGAGUCAUCUCCAUAAAGAACUACCAUCCAAAGAUCAGAAUCAUCACGCAGAUGCUGCAGUAUCACAACAAGGCCCAUCUGCUAAACAUCCCGAGCUGGAAUUGGAAGGAGGGCGAUGAUGCAAUCUGCCUCGCGGAGCUCAAGUUGGGCUUCAUCGCCCAGAGCUGCCUGGCUCAAGGCCUCUCCACCAUGCUGGCCAACCUCUUCUCCAUGAGGUCAUUCAUAAAGAUUGAGGAAGACACCUGGCAGAAAUACUACUUGGAAGGAGUCUCAAAUGAAAUGUACACAGAAUAUCUCUCCAGUGCCUUCGUGGGUCUGUCCUUCCCUACUGUUUGUGAGCUGUGUUUUGUGAAGCUCAAGCUCCUAAUGAUAGCCAUUGAGUACAAGUCUGCCAACCGAGAGAGCCGAAGCCGAAAGCGUAUAUUAAUUAAUCCUGGAAACCAUCUUAAGAUCCAAGAAGGUACUUUAGGAUUUUUCAUCGCAAGUGAUGCCAAAGAAGUUAAGAGGGCAUUUUUUUACUGCAAGGCCUGUCAUGAUGACAUCACAGAUCCCAAAAGAAUAAAAAAAUGCGGCUGCAAACGGCUGAUAUAUUUUGAAGAUGAGCAGCCGUCAACGCUGUCACCAAAAAAAAAGCAACGGAACGGAGGCAUGCGGAGCUCGCCCAACUCCUCGCCUAAGCUGAUGAGGCACGACCCCUUGUUAAUUCCUGGCAAUGAUCAGAUUGACAACAUGGACUCCAACGUGAAGAAGUACGACUCCACCGGGAUGUUUCACUGGUGCGCACCCAAGGAGAUAGAGAAAGUCAUCCUGACCCGAAGCGAAGCCGCCAUGACUGUCCUGAGUGGCCACGUCGUGGUCUGCAUCUUUGGUGACGUCAGCUCAGCCCUGAUUGGGCUCCGGAACUUGGUGAUGCCGCUUCGUGCCAGCAACUUUCAUUACCACGAGCUCAAGCACAUUGUUUUUGUGGGCUCUAUUGAGUACCUCAAGCGGGAAUGGGAGACGCUUCAUAACUUCCCCAAAGUGUCCAUAUUGCCUGGUACGCCAUUAAGUCGGGCUGAUUUAAGGGCUGUCAACAUCAACCUCUGUGACAUGUGCGUUAUCCUGUCAGCCAAUCAGAAUAAUAUUGAUGAUACUUCGCUGCAGGACAAGGAAUGCAUCUUGGCGUCACUCAACAUCAAAUCUAUGCAGUUUGAUGACAGCAUCGGGGUCUUGCAGGCUAAUUCCCAAGGGUUCACACCUCCAGGAAUGGACAGAUCCUCUCCAGAUAACAGCCCAGUGCAUGGGAUGUUGCGCCAGCCGUCCAUCACAACUGGAGUCAACAUCCCCAUCAUCACUGAACUAGCUAAACCGGGCAAGUUGCCUUUGGUAUCAGUCAAUCAGGAAAAAAACAGUGGGACGCACAUUCUAAUGAUAACUGAACUGGUGAACGAUACUAAUGUUCAGUUUUUGGACCAAGACGAUGACGACGACCCCGACACAGAACUGUACCUCACGCAGCCCUUUGCCUGUGGCACAGCAUUUGCUGUCAGCGUCCUGGACUCACUCAUGAGCGCGACAUACUUCAAUGACAAUAUCCUCACCCUGAUACGGACCCUGGUGACCGGAGGGGCCACGCCGGAGCUUGAGGCUCUGAUCGCUGAGGAGAAUGCACUUCGUGGGGGCUACAGCACCCCCCAGACACUGGCCAACAGGGACCGCUGCCGCGUGGCCCAGUUAGCCCUGCUGGAUGGGCCGUUUGCGGACUUAGGGGAUGGUGGUUGUUAUGGUGAUCUGUUCUGCAAAGCUCUGAAAACAUAUAAUAUGCUUUGUUUUGGAAUUUACCGGCUGAGAGAUGCCCACCUCAGCACCCCCAGUCAGUGCACGAAGAGGUAUGUCAUCACCAACCCACCAUACGAGUUCGAGCUCGUGCCGACGGACCUGAUCUUCUGCUUAAUGCAGUUUGACCACAACGCCGGCCAGUCCCGGGCCAGCCUGUCCCAUUCCUCCCACUCAUCGCAGUCCUCCAGCAAGAAGAGCUCCUCUGUCCACUCUAUCCCAUCCACAGCGAACCGACAGAACCGGCCCAAGUCCAGGGAGUCCCGGGACAAACAGAACAGAAAAGAAAUGGUUUACAGAUGAACCGGAUAAUGCCUAUCCCAGAAACAUUCAAAUCAAGCCCAUGAGUACCCACAUGGCUAACCAGAUCAACCAAUAUAAAUCCACAAGCAGCUUGAUUCCACCAAUCAGAGAAGUUGAAGAUGAAUGUUGACUCCCAGGAGACCAGAACUAUUUUUUUAAAGCCUGACAAACUUCAUAAAUGGUGACGUGACUUUUCUUCCUUUACAUGCUGAAUCACUGGUGGAAACGUUAGGAUAAGCAAGAAAUUGCAAGAAAAAUAAAGUAGACAGAUCUUUCUCUUUGUCUGCCUUGAAUAUUGCUUCCAUGUAUUUUGGAAAAGAAAAUUAUUUCAUUUAUAAAUGAACAUACUAAAAUAGUCAUGUAUAGCCUCUAGCAUUUUAAAUUAUUUUUAUUUAUUAGAAAGAAAAUAUAUUUUUUCUUUUUUUCAUGUCAAAUAUCUUCCCUAUAUCUAAACAAUGCAAAAUCAAAAUAAGUGGCCAGACUCCUUAAUGCGUAUUUCUCUUCUUUCUCUCCUUUUCUUUGAGGAGAAUGAUGGUCACCACCACACUUAAUUGUAAUUAAGGGAAAUGAGUUAUUGAAACAAUUUUAAAAUGGCCAACGAUGUAUACAUGUAUUUUAGUAAAUCUGAAAAAAAAGAGAACGGGGGCAGGUGAAUACCUGCCCCUCUCCUGGAUUGGUGUGUAUUUUGAUCUGCAUUGACACCAGCUCUUAAUAAAUGGAAACUUAUUUAUUUUCACAGUUGAAAGUCAUAUUUUUGUAGUUUUAGUUUUCAUUCUGUAUUUCUCAUCCCUUUGUUUAUAUAUUUAAAGGGAAGACCUUCUUGCAGCUUUUCUACAAUGGCCAGAUCAGGUUUACCUGGGCAACUAAGGAUGCCAAGAGGGUUGUGGGCACACCUGGGACGUGGAAGCCGAGGACCAGAUGCACACGAGACGUUGCUCUGUUGUUCAAUGGUGGGGACUCCUACAUGCUGUUAUGCUUCUAAUGUCAUAUUUCCAAACCACCUGAGCAAGUAAUUUCAACUUUGAGCGGGGCUGGUGGACUUUCUCCCUACCCUCUAAGUCUCUGAGCUUUUAACCUGAAAGUUUGUAAAACCAAUGAAUAGUUUUACUUCACAGGAGGACAUGAGAGGGCAUUCAUUAUUCUCACUGAGUUUUUGUUUAAAAGCCACAAAAUUUCCAUGAUCAAAGAGAUGACAUUUGUCCAGAUUUUAAUUUGCGGGCUUUCCUUUAUUUAGUCGCUGGGGCAAAACAUACAAACUUGCUACAACAAUUAAAAAAAAAAACAAUAAUAGUAACAAAUGGAAAGCAACGAAUGCACUUAUUAUAGACUGUUAGCAAAGGCCUUGGAAAAUUACCAGCAGUGAAAUCAAAUGUAUCCGCCACUUCAAACUGUGGUCAAAAGAUUUUUCUUGCCAUCAGAUGCAAUUACGAUGUCUCAGAGCUCUGCCGUUGCUUGCAUGCUUGGUGCGUGGUCGCCUGGCAACUGUUUUGUUCCAAACGACUUAGUACGUCUUUCAACUUCAAAAUUAUCAAAUCUUUGAUAUGAUCAUCAGGGUCUCUGGAGAAGCAUGGAUGUGAUAGUGAUUUUUAUUUAAUUAAAUGUAAACUGUGGACACUUAAAGGCACCAAAUGAACCAAAGUAACUCCCAAAGUCCUGUGAUAUCUAUUCCAUUAACUCUUUAGGCCAUGACCCUGUGGUUCCUAGUUAUGGUAGUGCAAAUCAGAUCAGAGCAAAGCAACAAGAUCACCAGGAAAACAUAUGUCCACUAAGUACUCCAAUUACCAAUGUAGGCAAAACGAGCUUCCACCUCUGCCCACUCCCUGCAGAGCCAAUACAGUCAUGCUUCCACCUCGUAGGCAUUGUCCUGCAGUGACUUGUCGGACUGUGGUUACUCUGUCGUCACAUUUUGUAGAAUUAGUUCUAUCAAAGUAUUGUGAAUAUAAUGUAUGUCCAAUUGGAUUGUUUAAAAACUACUUAUAAUUAGUCACUAGUCUACUCAGCAGACUAAAAUGACGUCAACCGUCUAUAUUCAGGCUUCUAAACAUUUCUUGGUUUCCAACAGAAGUCAAACUUGUUUGUGGGGAGAAUCUCUUGCUAGGAUUUUGACAGCUUUCCUGAAAGCUAGGCCUUCUUUUACAUAAUGAUUUUGCACUGGGGUCACCUUAGUACAUUCAUGUCAAUCCACGCUCUUCCUUCCUUCAUGAACCAUAGUAGGCACUUCACUUUUGCUCCUGAUAACCACCUCUGGAUUUGUUACAGCCAUUUGAUCUCCUCUGGCAGGCUAUGGUGGCCACCAAAAGGAUCUUCCAUUAGAGGGACAUAGAGUGCCCCAUUCCCCAUACCCUCUCUUCCCUCUGUCUCUCCCUGCCAAGGCAAUUUGGAACAGAAGUGUAAACUCCCUCCCCAUCUCAAGUCCAUUUAUAGCUAGAGAUUUGAAUCUAAUUUUUUAAUCAUAAUGGCUAAGAUGGUUUCCUGCAGCAAAGGGUUCCUUGGCUUAUAGAGCAUCCCCAAAAAAUGAAUUGGUAGAAAUCCAUUUUCUUUUAAGGUACCGCAACAAGGUCAUGCUGUUUUGUCUUUGUAAUAAUAAAUUGCUCUGGACUAGAAAGCAAAAUCAGGCAUUUUUUAAAGGAAGUAUGCAAAAUGACUGGUUAGUGGCUCCUUUGACAAAAACUGGCACCUGGUAAUUUGACAGUGAAAUGGAAAUAGAAAUACGAUUUGUCAAACCACUGGAAGGCUCAAGGGAAUGCCAGAGCUUCUUCCUGAUGUGUUUCUAUUUGUUAAGCUCUUUGGCCUUGAAUCCUCAUCCAUCUGCACUAUGACAGACUUUCUGCCCACAUCCACCUUAGGCCAAUGAUGGUCUCCUUCAGUAUGGUUCCUAUGAUGAGGCUUUGAGCUUCCAUUCCAGCGUAGGGCUUCAGAAAAGCCAUUUUCCCAAACUAAUGACUCUUGGGUGCUUAGGGAAUCAACGACUCACUCACAGGCUGUUUACAAAGCAGAAAGUACCUAUUUAGAAAUGCUUCACCACUAUCAUCACCUUCCUCAUUGAUAAAAGUUUUAUUUUUGCUAAACAAUUUUACAUUUGGGAGUAUCACCUCAAACUAAUAUAAAACCCCUUAAAUAAAAGUGAUUGUGACUAAGGCACGUUGGAAAACACUCAGAAGCUCUUUCCUUCCAACGGUUGUGGCAUCUUGUGAUGCACUGUGUAAAGAAUUUGAUUGAAGACUUUAAGCAAACAGGGAAUUAGAACUGUUUGGCUGGAGUUGGAAAGGGAAAAGUGAGAAAGCAUAAGAAAUUUGGGAAUAUUUUCAUGUUGGGGGAAAAAGCCCAAGUUUCCUACUUAUGGUUUAAUACAAGGGUUCAAGAGCCACAUUUGCAGACAAGUAGCUAUGAACUUUGAAAGUAUUUUUCAAACUCUCUUGAGUCUCAGUGACCUCAUUUGUAAAUGAGGGCAAUUCACCCAGAUGACUGUAAGGUUCCUUUCAGAUCCCAGAGGACAUGACCUGAGUUAGGGGUGGGAACAUGGAAGUGGGUGCCUCUCCUUGGCAAAGCCCUUGGAGACAAUCUUGUCCAGGGCUGGAAUAAUGAUCCUUUUUGCUACAUUAUCCAAGCAAUACUCCUGACCUUAAUGUAGUGUACAUCUGUUCUGGACAUAGUUAGGCUAAUUCCUGUGCUUUUCACUUUGGAGUAUCUGCAGUUCCAAGAUGCACAUUUCUAAACUCAAAUACAUCUGAAUCAUGUUGGUCAGGUUUUUCUGCUUAAUUCUAGGGUCUUCCUCUCAAUCUCAUCCCUGCCUUCCCUUUUCCUAGGUUUAAGGCCCAGCUUCAGCUAAUCCCUUCAUCUCUAACCCAUAGCUCCAAUUCCCAGCACGUAGUUAGAGGUUCAGAACCCCCAAAUUCCUGCUGAUUUCCACAUUUUUGUUUCCCCACAUGGAUCUGGCCUUCAGGAAGUAACUGUUCUUACUUCUCACUUCAUUUCCUGUCCUCUGUUUAUUUGUUUUCUUUUAUUAAUAAACUAUCCAUCUCUUUCCUACUUACGUUCAUAAAUGUAAUUUUGAACUAUCAUUUUUUUAUUGUUAAAGAGACAAUUGAAGGAAGGAAGGGCAAAAUGGAGGAAGAAAGGUAGGAGGGUAGAGAAAUAAGGAGUAUCAAACCACUUGACUGGAAUCUGAGCCACUUUGACUCACAUGAGACUAAGCAAGUCCAUUCAACUUGGAUACCAAGUCCCAGCACAGUGCAGAAUCUGCCCAUGUUCUAUUCUGUUUCUAUUCAUUGCUUUUGGCAUGGUGGUACAAACACCAAUCACUAUGGCCCUCAAAGGGCCUUCACUAAUUAGGACUUGAUUCACCCUUUUGAUAAAGCAAAGGAAACUGAGAAUUCACUUACAACCUUCCUGGUAAAUUACCUUUCUGCCUCUUUCUUACUCAUCCUAUGUUCACAAACAGCAUUUUUUCUACCCAACCAAGAUGAGUUAGUAUAUAAAUCCCAUGAUCGUUGGAGGAGGUAAUGAGGUCCUUUGGAUCUCUUUAUAAGAGCAGUAAUUAGACAUGAUUCUAGCCAGUCAUACCAGUGCGGCCGUACUGGUUGUUUAAGUGGAGUCUGUUCUGAUUCUGUUGCCUAUGCAGUUGCAGUUGUUAAUAAUUUCAAUAUUUCCAUAAAAAUAAGUCAAUUCAGAGAAUGUGUUUGAUUUUAUUUCUCAAGAGACCACAAAGCCUAAUUUGCCAUUUCUAUAAUAAUCUUGCUUAAAACACAUACAAAAAAAGAGCCUAUGUGCCCAAAGGCAGCAGCACGUACAACGGUUGGAAGCUCCAUGAUAGCACAGCCUCAUGUGGUUAGAUUGGAGAAAGGAUUCUUAGUUACCAGACCUUUCUCUUUUGCUGUAUUUUUUAGCGCAAAAAAGGUCUAGAUACUCUUUAUCUAAAGACAAGCCAAACUCAGAAUAUACAUCAGGGAACUGGGAAGAAAGAACAAAAAGGAAAAAAUAUAUAAUAAGCAGUGUUUUAAAUACCACAGGCAUGGGUAUACAGAUGGUGCCAAGAGCUGGUGCUUUGUGUUGAAAGGAAGAGGUUGCAUUGAACAUUAUGGGCUGGGAAGAACACAGAGGCAUAUAAUGCUUGAUGGGUUUUGGAGGCAUUUCAAUAGGAAAUGAGUGACCAGACUGGAGAAAUGUGGAAUAUGAGGGUUUUCCAGGGAGAGGGGACUUAACGGGCCAUAAUACAGUUGUAGAAAAGUGAUCGCAAUAGGUAGACUGUUUUGCCUACUGUGACAAGCUUGCACAGGGCAGCUGAGGGAAACCAAGACGAGACCUCAUUGAAGAGGCUAAAAAGUAGAUGGCCUAAGGGCCAAGCUAAGAAGUUAAAACCCAACCAGAGAAUAGAAAGCCACUAGAAGUUUCAAACAAACUGAGUGACAGGCAAAUAUGGCUAUGCAUUUUUUAGGUCCAAAGGUGCGCAAUGUCAGUUCUUCCUAGAAGGCAUUAUGAGAACGUACACAGAGCUGAGCAUUUUCCCAGCAGCGUGGAGUUCUCAAGGGUGCACACUCCAAGUCAACAACUGACCACACACAGCACCUACCAUCCUCACCCAUUUUGCUCCCUGUCGUGGGACAGUCAGACACAAGACGUCUCUACUCUACUGAAUCACUAGAAUGUUGGCAACAGACUCAUCAAGUAGAUUAGACGGUAGGAGUAGAUAUUCAGAUUUCUUUUGAAACCUGCCAAUCAUACUAUUUUCUAUACAUUAACAUAAUAAGAACACAAGGCAGAUCAUCACAAAGAACUUCCAAAUACGAAUUCCCAUUAUUAAUAUGUCCUUUCAGAUAAUCAGGUUGCCAUUGCUUAGUAACUAGUUAGCAUUCAGAACAUAUUUGUAAAGGGAGUGUGGGGGAGAAAUGAGCACAGUACAGGUUCUGCUAUCAAUCAGCUUAGAAUCCAACUAAAAAGAGAAAACAUAUCGCUGGAGCCAUUAGGGAAAGUGUAAGCACUAAUGACAUAGCAUCACCUUUCAAUAUGGCAGGAGUUAGAAAGAGGGAGAGAUGUUAUGGUUUGAAGAGGUUCAGCAAGGCAGGCUUUCUAGAGAAAAGGGGAUUUGGGAGUUAGUUAAACAGAGGGUCCACAUUCCAGGCAUGAAUGCAGGGUCAUCUGGUAUGUGGCAGGGUAGGUGAUGCUAAUCAGUAACUGCUGAUGGAUAGUGAUAGAGUGGCCACUGUGUGCUCCUUGCUGUGUAAGACUUUCAGAAGAAGAUGGCCCACCGGCCUAACUGGGAACAUAAGAUAUACCUGCAUUGAAAAGCUUGUGUUGCACAAAACAGGUGUUCAGUAAAUAAUUUUUAAAUAAAUGCAAACACCGAAGAGCCAGUAAGUGUUAUGGAUCAUAAUAGUUGUCAAAGCUUGGUUGGAGUCAUAGGGGCUGGGCAUUGGGGCAAUGGCUAUGGGUCUGGAAAAGGCUCUUUGUGAAGGGUCCACUGAAUCAGGGCCCCAAAGGUGGAACUCUGCAGAGGGAUAGGAAGAGAAGGCAGGAGGGGCAGUCAGUGCAUGCCGGCAGCUGGGGUACAUUGGAUUCAUCCAGAGUGGAAGGAGCUGAGAGACAUCCAUAAGGGAAGGCCUCCCAGGCAAGAGGAGGGAGGAAAGUGAGCUCAGGAGAGGGUUACAACAGGCCCUCUGCAUGUGGAAGCCAGGAGCACAGAGGUACUCACAGAGCGAGGCGCCUGGAUGGAUUCUCCUAAGGAGAGAGUGAAGGUUUAGAAAAUGAGCGGGAAGAUUUAUUUGGGGUCUCCAAUUAUGUUAAUAGGAGCUAAAAGGAGCAGAAUAAGUAGACACUCUUGGUAUAGGAUAUCUAGAGUACUCUAGAACCAGGAAAGUUGGAAACAAGAGAGGAUAAUUUUGGGAAAGAGAGGGUGGGACCUCUAUGAGGCUGGAGAGGAAGGGUAGUGGCGAUGGUGACUCAGCAUUAAAAGGACUCACUGGAAGGGCAGGCACUUUGCUUAUUUGUGUCUUCAUCGCCAGAGCUGGUCAUGAGGCCUGGGGGCGGGGGUGGUCAGUCGGUCACUAUGUGUUGCUUCAGAUGCCAUGGGGGAAGGAGGCUGGAUAGGAUGUGCAGGUGACUGGUACUCUUCCUGGGGGACUCAAAAGAGACAGAGAUCUUGAUGUGGCCAUCUUCUUUCCUCUCCCUGUUCAUGUCACUGCACUAUUUCUUGUCCCCCACUGAACAGCACACGCAAUGGCAGCUUUGGUUCAGGGGUCUGAAAACAAAUACUACAGUCACCUUGCUUUGGUGGCUUUUCUGGACAGGAAGUGAGAGAUGUUAGGGCCAGGUGAAAAGGGACCUUAUUUCUAGGUAGAUUUUUAAAUUUAAGAUUUCCUUUGAUUUGUUCAUCCUCUUGAGGACUUCUGUGUUUCUUCUCCUACACCUUGCUAUUCUGCAGAACAAGGACAGCAGGGACACCAAGCUGCCCGCUGGGCCCUGCUGUUUAGGAUCUAGGAGGGGAAUGUGCACAAGGCACUGACACACGCCUGCCAGAGGGACCCAGAGCUCCCCGCCCAUGGGAUUCAGGGUCAGUGAGUGAAGGCAGCUAAGGCAGCAGGGAAGGGAGCCUGGCCAACACACCGACCGAGCCCCACUUCCACGCUAAACCAGAGCCCCGUCCGCCCCAGAGCGGGGUGCUCCCUGCCCCCCGUCCCCCUGCCUUCCUUCCGCUGAGCACAGCCUGAGAAACCUUUGACUAGAACUGCAACAUUUCAAACAUAAACUGAGAUCUGCCGGGAAACCCUAAUUAAAAACGUUCCAUUCCCAGGUGGCACAAUCACAUCCUGCCUAAAACUUCUGGCCCACAUCCCACCACCCAGAUGCUAAAAAGAAACCUCCCUCCACUUAACACCAAAACCUGCACUCGAGGUUUCUUUAGGGGACAAAGGAAAAAAAAAGUACACACACAGAGAGGUCAGCCUACAUGUUCACGAAGGAAAAAGAGCGUGGCUUAUUCAUCUUUCAAUCUUUCGAUUGUUGGUGUUAUGGUUACGAUUAUGAUUAAUUGCUAUGACCUAAUAGGAAUUGAAGAAGAGACUAAAUGCUGGUGCUCUGAAAUGAUCUACCCAACUCUGUCAUCUGUAACAACCAGUGAUAACUCUCGUCUUGUAAAAAGGGUUUGUACAUAACUUGUACAUGGUUUCAUUUUGUAUUUUUCGCAGAUUAAAAAUUUAUGUAUUUGUGUUCUAAAA